UCUCUCUCCCUCUUCUCACUCUAGCUAUUCCUUUCUCCACACUCGAUUCCCCCUUGUUUUUCUAUUCGCUCUAGGGUUUGAAACUGUUUACGCUUUAAAUUUGUUUAUUUGCUCACAUAAAUAUCAGACUCCAUUUUUAUACUGUUUCUCUUAGAUCGAAAUAAUAAUUUUUUUUCAGGUCUCCUGUUUGUUGCGUUACUUGUAUGUAUGGCUGGUUUGGACCUCGGCUCCGCCUCCCACUUCGUCUCCCAGCUCCACCGCUCCGACCUCCACCUCCAGCGCCCUCCCGACUCCUCCGACGACAAUGAUUCCACCCGCCACCAGUUCUCCGGCGACAACACCGACAACAACUCCAACCCCGGCCUCGACCUCGCCUCUUCCGGAGACAUGGUGGGCCGGCGCCCCCGCGGCCGGCCCCCGGGGUCGAAGAACAAGCCAAAGCCCCCCAUAAUCAUCACACGAGAGAGCGCCAACACCCUCCGGGCCCACAUCCUCGAGAUCGCCAGCGGCUGCGACGUCUUCGACGCCGUAGCCACCUACGCCCGCAAGCGCCAGCGCGGGAUUUGCAUCCUCAGCGGGACUGGCACGGUCACCAACGUCACCCUCCGCCAGCCCGCCGCGGCCGGGAGCGUCGUCACGCUCCACGGCCGCUUUGAGAUCCUAUCCCUCUCGGGAUCCUUCCUCCCGCCCCCGGCCCCGCCUGGGGCCACCAGCUUGACUAUAUAUCUAGCUGGCGGCCAGGGCCAGGUGGUCGGGGGAAAUGUUGUCGGGGCCUUGAUCGCUUCAGGCCCCGUCAUCAUCAUCGCCUCCUCCUUCACCAACGUCGCCUACGAGCGGCUGCCGCUGGAGGAGGAGGAGGGGCUUCAGAUACAGCCGCAAACGUCGUCUCAGCCGCUCGGAGGCGGUCAGUUCUCCGAUCCGUCCCUCGGGCUGCCCUUCUUGAAUUUGCCUCUCAAUAUGCCUAACAACGGUCAGAUCCCAAUCGACGGCGCUGGUGCAUGGGCCGGAAACUCCGAUGCCGGCCACCCGCAGUUUUAAUUAAUCAAGAUAUGAUGCCUAAUUCACAAAAAAUACCCUUGGAGUUGAAAUUCAAACUUGACAAGAACAACUACCAAUCAUAUGUACAUGGGCACGACUCAUGAGAGUCGCAAUAGAAAGCCGAGGUAAAUCCUGCCACAUCAAUGGAGUACAUACCUCCACCACCAACAGACAACCUAACAUAUUUUCAGGAGGGAACAAAUUUAUGUAGUACAUAUAUAUGGGUCAAUAGUUUGUGUUCUAGUUGUAUCUAUCCAAAAUAACUAUUGUGGUUGGCGACCGAUCUGAUGAACAAGAACUACGAGUGGAAAAGUACACAGAUGUUUACGCGGUUCGAUCUCUCGAUCUACGUCCACGGGCGAGGAAGAUGAUGAUUUAUUGAUGAGGGUUUCUGGGAGAUUACAAAGAUAAGAACUCAAAUCGGCAAUACAACACACUCACUUCUAAUCUCACUUUUCUCUCAAAAGCUAAUCGUAGUUGAAACUGAAUUGAAUCUUGAUUGUUGGUGCACACAUCAAGUGUGUAUGCGUUGCUGAGAUCCCCUUUUAUAAGGAUGCACCAGCCCCUUUCAUCAGCUCGUGGCCCCAGCUGAAUCCUCACACCAACCGACUCAACCGUUGCAUUUGAACUCCAGCCGUCGAUCUUGCUGAUCUUCGAUAACGGUCCAGAUGCGUGGUUACACUUUAUCAGCCUCUGAGAGUUUUUUUU